UGGCAGCACAGGAAGAAGAAGCUGCGCCAUGUUGGAAUAUCUUCACAUAUUAUAAUAGCUUCACAUUUAAGAAUAUCCUCACAUGUUGGAAUAUAAUCACAUGGUGGAAUAUCUUCACAUGUUGGAAUAUCCUCACGCGGCUUCGAGGGUUUGUCACAAGGCUUCACCCCGCCAACGCAGGGAUGAGCUCUGGUCUUCAGUCCGAAGAGGACUUCCGACACCUGUGCCAGGUCCUCCUGAAGACGUCCGAUCGGCUGCGCGACGGCUGGAGCUGGGAGCGUGUCCAGGGCUCGGAGGAAGGCUACCUGAAGAAGACCGCUCUCAGAUCGGUCCUCAUCCAGUCGGGAGAUCAGGACCUCAGAGGAUCCGGUUCCGACUCUGAGGACGUUGCGGCGGGCGAUGAUGCCGAUACCGCCGCAGCCUCCGAAGGCAGCACUCGUGCGCUUCAGUACGAAUAUCACAUCCUGUACUCGUGCAGCUUCAUGACCCCCGUCUUGUACUUUCGAGCGUCCACUCUGGAGGGGAGGAGCCUGUCCCUGGAGGAGGUCUGGAGUUCGGUCCACCCACACUUCAGGUCCCGCCUGCGGCACAGUCCCCUAACGAGCAUCACGCAGCAGGAACAUCCAGUUCUGGGCCAGCCCUUCUUCAUGCUGCACCCGUGUAAGACGGACCACCUGAUGUCAGCACUCAUGCACUCGGCACAGCAGCAACACAGGCCAGUCAACUACAUGGUAACCUGGCUCAGCACGGUGGGACCCCUGCUGGGCUUGGAAGUUCCCCUGGAGUAUUUGACCCUGCAGCAUCCUUCGACACCACGGCAACGCCCCUAAGACUUGUUGACCUUUGUGUUUUUCAACAGCUUAGUUAGCAUGCUAAUGUCAACAUGCUAACAUUUUUACUCAUUUUUGUAUUUUUUAACCCAAUAAUCAUGGUUUCUGUUACUUGGCGCCUUCUUAGAAGUAUGCUAGCUCUUCACCGGUUAGCAUGCUAAUGUCAACAUGCUAAAAUUUUUCCUCAUUUUUGUAUUUUUUAACCCAAUAAUCAUGGUUUCUGUUACUUGGCGCCUUCUUAGAAGUAUGCUAGCUCUUCACCAGUUAGCAUGCUAAUGUCAACAUGCUAACAUUUUUCCUCAUUUUUGUAUUUUUUAACCCAAUAAUCAUGGUUUCUGUUAAUUGGCACCUGUAAGAAGUAUGCUAGCUCUUCACCGGUUAGCAUGCUAAUGUCAACAUGCUAACAUUUUUCCUAAUUUUGUAUUUUUUAACCCAAUAAUCCUGGUUUCUGAUAAUUAGCGCCUCCUUAGAAGUAUGCUAGCUCUUCACCAGUUAGCAUGCUAAUGUCAACAUGCUAACAUUUUUCCUCAUUUUUGUAUUUUUAACCCAAUAAUCAUUGUUUCUGUUAAUAAGCACCCUCUUAGAAGUAUGCUAGCUCUUCAUCAGUUAGCAUGCUAAUGUCAACAUGCUAACAUUUUUCGUAAUUUUUAUAUUUUUUAAGCCAAUAAUCAUGGUUUCUGUAAAUUGUCACCUUCUUAGGAGUAUGCUCAAUCUUCACCAGUUAGCAUGCUAAAAUGUUUCCUAAUUUUGUAAUUUUUAACCCAAUAAAAAUGGUUUCCGUUACUUGGCGCCUUCUUAGAAAUAUGCUAGCUUUUCACCGGUUAGCAUGCUAAUGUCAACAUGCUAACAUUUUUCCUAAUUUUGUAUUUUUUAACCCAAUAAUCAUGGUUUCUGUUAAUUGGCGCCUUCUUAGAAGUAUGCUAGCUCUUCACCAGUUAGCAUGCUAAUGUAAACAUGCUAACAUUUUUCCUCAUUUAAUAUUUUUUAACCCAAUAAUCAUUGUGUCCGUUACUUGGCACCUUUAAGAAGUAUGCUAGCUUUUCACCGGUUAGCAUGCUAAUGUCAACAUGCUAACAUUUUUCCUCAUUUAAUAUUUUUUAACCCAAUAAUCAUGGUUUCUGUUAAUUGGCGCCUUCUCAGAAGUAUGCUAGCUCUUCACCGGUUAGCGUGCUAAUGUCAACAUGCUAACAUUUUUCCUAAUUUUGUAUUUUUUAACCCAAUAAUCAUGGUUUCUGUUAAUUGGCGCCUUCUCAGAAGUAUGCUAGCUCUUCACCAGUUAGCAUGCUAAUGUCAACAUGCCAACAUUUUCCCUCAUUUUUGUAUUUUUUUAACCCAAUAAUCAUUGUGUCCGUUACUUGGCACCUUCAAGAAGUAUGCUAGCUUUUCACCGGUUAGCGUGCUAAUGUCAACAUGCUAACAUUUUUCCUAAUUCUGUAUUUUUUAACCCAAUAAUUAUGGUUUCUGUUAAUUGGUGCCUUCUCAGAAGUAUGCUAGCUCUUCACCAGUUAGCAUGCUAAUGUCAACAUGCUAAAAAUGUUAUAUUUUAUUUUAUUAUAACAAACUGUGAGUAUAAUAACAUUAUAUUAUAUUUUAUACAUUGUAAUUUAACAUUUCAAAAGGAACACUUUUGUUUAAAAAAUAAUAAUUUUACAUUUUAUGUAUGUUACUUACUUUAAAUAUCUGCUCCAAUUGUUCGCGUUUUGAUUAUUAAAAACGUCAUUUUUAAAUAAAAUCAUAACAAA